ACUAGAGAGGGAUUCCUGCACAUUUGAACCCGCACGCGUCCUGGUCACGUGCCAAGGCUCCGAUCACGCUUGCGCCAGAGAAACAAGAUGGCGGAGAGUGCGGAAUUGAAGAAUAUCCAAGAACGACAGGGGAGGUAAAGUCUGCACAUGAGAAGUGACUUUGAUCCCACACAUGUAGGUGUUAACAUUUACAUAUGUGGUCAAACGCCGUACAUGAGGGCCGUCACAAUUACAGCAAAUGGUGAUGAGCCUCCGUGUCUCAGAGCUUCAGGUUCUUCUGGGUUAUGCAGGCCGCAACAAACAUGGAAGGAAGCACGAACUCUUGACCAAAGCUCUACAUUUGUUGAAAGCCGGCUGUAGCCCUGCCGUGCAGAUGAAGAUCAAGGAGCUCUACCACCGCCGCUUCCCCACAAAGAUGGUGUCCCCGACAGACCUCACCCUCGCGGGCAUACACUCCACCACUAGAGGGGCUCCCGCAGGCCUGCCUGCCAGCCUGACACAGCUGGGAUUCGAUGGGCAUGGCUCACCAUCUCUACUACCUGUCGCACUGCUUGGGCCGAAGCACGAGCUGGGCCUGCCCCAUCUGGCCUCCACCCUUCACCCAGUCCAUCCAGACGUCAAGCUCCAAAGGCUGCCAUUCUACGAUGUACUUGAUGAGCUUAUCAAGCCCACCAGUUUAGCCUCAGACAACAGUCAAAGGUUUCAGGAAACAUGUUUUGCAUUUGCAUUAACGCCUCAGCAAGUUCAACAGAUCAGCAGUUCAAUGGACAUCUCUGGGACCAAAUGUGACUUCACCGUGCAAGUACAGCUAAGGUUUUGCUUAUCAGAGACAAGUUGUCCUCAGGAAGAUCAUUUCCCACCCAACCUUUGUGUGAAAGUGAAUGGAAAACCCUGUAACCUCCCUGGAUAUCUUCCCCCAACCAAAAAUGGAGUGGAGCCAAAGCGGCCGAGCAGACCCAUCAACAUUACCUCCCUGGUUAGGUUGUCUACAACAGUUCCCAACACCAUUGUUGUGUCAUGGACAUCAGAAAUCGGAAGGAGUUACUCCAUGGCAGUGUACCUGGUCCGACAGCAGUCCUCCUCAGUUUUGCUACAGAGACUACGGUCAAAAGGCAUUAGAAACCCAGACCACUCAAGAGCACUCAUCAAAGAAAAGCUUACCGCUGACCCUGACAGUGAAAUUGCCACCACCAGUCUGCGAGUCUCCUUGCUCUGUCCGCUCGGAAAGAUGCGGCUGACGAUUCCCUGUCGAGCGCUCACCUGCUCGCACCUGCAGUGCUUUGAUGCUACGCUCUACAUCCUAAUGAAUGAGAAGAAACCCACCUGGGUGUGUCCGGUGUGCGACAAGAAAGCCCCAUAUGAGCAUCUAAUUAUUGACGGGUUGUUCAUGGAGAUCCUGAACAGUUGUGUGGACUGUGAUGAGAUCCAGUUUAAAGAAGAUGGUAGUUGGGCUCCUAUGAGAUCCAAGAAGGUGGUACAGGAAGUGUCAGCCUCGUCAAAUGGCAUUGAAGACUCGUGUCGGUCAGUAAUGUCAGACCACAGAAACAGUUCGUCCCACAGCAGUAGCAAUAAGAAAGUGGAGGUGAUUGACCUGACGCUGGACAGCUCCUCAGAGGAGGAAGAUAAUGACGAGCCUCCACCUAAAAGAGCCUGUCCAUCUCUAUCACCAACCUCCCCGCCUGUCAACAAAGGAGUGUUAAAUCUGCAUCAUCAGGCGUCUCCACUGGCACGAGCUCCCAGCAUGCCAGCAAUGGAGACAAACUACAUCCCUCCCCCUCCUCCUCUCCUCCAGGACUACCGUCACUAUUACCACACACCCAAUGACCUCUCAGAUUUGAAUUUCUUCUCAUUUUUACAAGGGGACAAUCACCAGCAUUAUAACAUGGUCAUGGCCGCUGCUGCCGCAGCCUCGGCUUCUGCAUCAGCGUCAGAAGACCACGAGCUGCUGCUGAACCGCUUCAUGCCCUACAGUUCCUCUCAGCUCUUCUUGGAGCAGUCUGGGACGCCGGUGAGCAGCUCACUAGUGCCAGCCAAUGGCAGCGGGGGCAGCAGCAGCGGAAGCAGCAGCAGUCUGGUGUCCUCCAGCAGUCUGAGAGACAGCCACCCACACAGCAAUGUGUCCCGCUCGCGCUCGGACGCCGCUGCAUCCGUAAUAUACGGUGCCAUACCUGACGUCAUUUCACUGGACUGACCACGCCGGGGUCCCGUAAAUGGACAAGCCUUUAUCAAAAACAACAGGAGGACGCAGAAAGAGCUUUGUGCACUCGUGAUCAGAUUUAGAUGUGAAUAGGAUGGAAGGUGGGGAGAAAAAAAAAAGAGAACAAAGACUUUUGUAAAGAGAAGAAUAAAAUUGCUGUGUACAGAGAAGAAAAAUCUAUUUUCAGUUUUACUUUUGUAUAUAAACAAUAGGACGCUGCCUACCCAGUGAGUGACUUCAGUUGGUAUUUUCUCCAUGGAUACUGAAGACGUUUUUCACUGCUCUGUGUGUUGUUCCUUGAUUAUCUUAUUCUGUACCUUUUAUACUUUUCGCUAUUUUAUUUCACUUCAAAAAUAAUUAUUUCAGUCAAAGUAAUAGAAUGGCAGUCAUCGUUAUGAUUUUAUUUUCUAAGACACUUUCCCUCAGCCAUUGUUUGAUCAGCGAGGGAACAUCAAGUUAUUUAAUGCCAUUAUCCUGUGCAGGUAAUUUAUUAUUGCUUUUAAGUUAUGUAGGAUGUAUGCUGUACAGAAGCAUUCCCUUAUGCCAAUACAGAAUCUAGCCACGACAUGCUUGAAGAGUCGACAGAGGUCAUGUCUUAUUCCAGUUGCACAUUCUUUCUCAUCCAUCACCACAUUAAGUAUGUAAGAAGUGGAGUUUGGUUUCAGUGCCCAGAUUUGCUGGUUAGUACCUGAGGUAAACUCUUGUACUUUUUUGAUGUUGUUUGUCUGAACUAAACCUCAAAAGAAGAGGUGUGGUUCGCAAAAACAGCGCUGAGGGUAUCAGACGCUAUAGCAUACCUCAUUUAGUUUGUUACAGAUAUGACAGAAAAAUAACCAGAACGAUGUUGCAGUAGCCGUAGUGCAGAUGUUAAUUAUUUCCUCAAAACGGGAACCUUACAGAAGUGUAAUAUCCCUUGCCAGCAGACCUUAGGAUCCAAAUUUGGUACCAAGAUUCCAGCUAUCGAACACCAGUUGACAGCUUUGUGUAAAAAUGGCUGAACGCACUUGCCAUUUCCAUUUGGUGUCUCCUCCAGUGAAUGUCGUUAUUCCAUUUUAAACGCCAUGUAUGAAAUGUCAUUUUCUCAAGGUCUGUGUGGUUUGGGCUUCAGGUGGGCUACAAUUUAUAGAUUUUGAAAGUGUGCUUGGAAGGUGACCUUAAUGCAACAUAAUCUGUGCUGUCUGUUUUCGUCUGUUUAAAAUUGAAUUUAUUUAUUUUAUCUAUAUAUUAUAUUUUUACUAUUUGUUUGAUCACGCAUUACUUUCAUGCAUUUAUUUUGUAAUUAUUUCAAGAGCUCUUAACACUUGCUUUGCAUUGUACAAGUAGCUAAUUAUGUGUCCUUGUCUCUCUUUCUCUCAUAUUUGUACUAUAUGAGACAUCUGAGGCACUAAUUCCACAAUCAUACUUGCUGUGUCACAUUCAACUUUGGUUGAAAUUAAACAGGAUAAAAGCCAGCUGCGUGUGCUCAUCCUCUGGCUGCAUUGUAAUGUGACAGCUGUUUGUCAUUGAUUCUCAUGCAUUAAAAAAAAAGGUUGUGGAACAGCUAAUGUUAGGCCUGGAUUAGCACAAUUUUAAUCUUUUGAUGACAGCCAGUACACAAAAGAGUCCACUAACCUUUCUAAAUGAGUGAUUUUUGUCUUCAGUGUUGCAAAUUAACAAUUGGAUUGAUGAACCCAUGCUUGUUUAAUUUAUAUAUUUUUACCUUUGCACUGAGUUACCUGAUAGCACACAAAAUUAAGACCACCGUCAUUCUACACAAAUCGCCCAUUCGACAUUGCACUGAAAUCAUACAUUUCAUGUGCCCACUGAUCCGCUACGUCCUUGAAUUAUACCACUAGACAGUCAGUCUGUUAUAGCUGUACCAGAAACUGGCAAGUAUGAACUCUCUGCCUUAAGUUCUUCUCUUACUGUAUGGUACGCUAUGAGAGAAAUCAUUAUGUACAGGAAACCAAUACCAGUUUGUACAAAAUAUUAUAUGAAUUAUUUAUUAUUUGAAUUGGGAUACAUUGUUUACUUAAUGAAUGUUACUUGUUUAUGUAGAGAGCGGUUUAGCUGUAAUAAAACAAAUACAUUAAAAUCUUUUCUAUUUCUGUCUUA